CGUUCAAAAGCUGUUCAUAACAGACGUGGAUUUCGCUCGUCUCUCUUCAAGCAAAAAAAAGCUAUCCGGCAGCAGCAGAGAAAAUGCUAAAAUAUUUUCAUAUAUAAUUCAAUAAUAACACACCAUAACUAAUUAAAUGUGUUUCAAGUGCAAUUUUAUUCAAUUUAUCAAUUUCAACCGGUUUUUAUAGCAAAAUUUUCCCACUUUUUAUUGUGCAGUAAAAAGUGCCGCGACAAAUUUGUUAAGCAAAUAAGUUAUCUUAUAUUUUAUAUAUAGGAACUAAAUUUACAUACAUAUAAAUGUGUAUGUGUUUGUAUAAGUGUAGUUGUUUAUUUGUUUUAUUGCUAUAUAUUAAUAAACAAAUAGAUUAAAACAAAGCGCAGUGCGAAACAAGAGGAACAUAAAUAUCAAGCAAUAAUAAACCAACACCAACAACAACGACCACAAUAGAUAAAAGCUAAACAACUAUGGUCUACUCCAUAAAGAACAGUGAAACGGGUGAAUUCGAGUAUUUUUACACCGACUCAGCGCGCAUCAAGCAGCCGAAAUAUGAUGAGGAGACAGGUGAGCCGGUUAACGAUCAGAUGAAAGUGCGCUAUCGCAAGCACGGCAACUUCCAUGUGCCCAAGCGUUAUUUGCGCGGCACCAUCUGCGACGAGGUGGACAACGUAUUGGCCAACAAACACCACGAACACUGGGAUAUUACAGCAAAGCAUGUGAUUGGCAGCAAAGCCAUAAAGAGCACCUCCAAUGAAAAGAAAACGAAGCCCGGCUACGAGCGGGAGGAUUACAUCAAAAUGGAUGGCGUGAACAGCAACAUCAUUUUGGGCUAUGAACGGAACUCCUUCCUGCUCUUCCUGAUACCCACACUCUUCUCCUGGAACAUGCUUCUGUGGGGUCUGCUCUCUCUACUGGAGAUUGGGCUGCACAUUAUGUCGCACUACAAGAACUCCCUGACCAUGCAGAAGACUCUAUAUUUUCGCAGUCCGCUUCACGUGCUCUCCUCACAGUUCUGUGCGAUCUGUCGCAACGAGUCGGGCAGCAAGUACAAUCGCACCUUCGACAUACUCAACGAACAGAUGCGUGUGGCGCAUCGCACCGCAUUGAAGAACAUGGCCAAGGCCAUGGGCUGAGUUGCAAACGCACUUAUAGCUUCAACAAUUGUAAAACCAUUUUACACUUUAAUGGUAAUAAAAACAAACGAUUAUUGUUUCACGUUUAACAACAAUAAAUGCACAAAUAUAUCACCUGAGUACCUGAACAGUA